UCGUCUUCUCAAAUCAAUCCAUUCUUCAAAAAGAAUGUCUGGCCGUGGAAAGGGAGGCAAGGGAUUAGGAAAGGGCGGAGCAAAACGUCACCGGAAAGUUCUCCGUGACAACAUUCAGGGAAUCACUAAGCCAGCAAUUCGGAGGUUAGCGAGAAGAGGUGGAGUGAAGAGAAUCAGUGGGUUGAUCUAUGAAGAAACAAGAGGUGUUUUGAAGAUUUUUUUGGAAAAUGUGAUUCGUGAUUCUGUUACUUACACUGAACAUGCUCGGAGAAAAACUGUUACUGCUAUGGAUGUUGUUUAUGCUUUGAAGAGACAAGGAAGAACUCUUUAUGGAUUUGGAGGUUAAAAAUGGUGAAUCUUUGAUGUAAUUGACUCAAUUUUCUUAUCAAUGAAAUCUUUCGGAAUCUGGAAUCAUCUUCUUCUUCUCUCUGAUUU